AUGGCUGAUAGUAAUACCGACAACCAGGCUAAUGCCAGUAGUAGCUCUGGCGGAGAGAGCGCCCCUGCCAGCUCGACACCACAUUCGAGUAACGCGACUGGCGCUAAGAGAAACCGAAGAAACAAGGUGGACCAUGCCUGUGUAUAUUGUAGACGAUCUCAUAUGACCUGUGACGACAAACGUCCCUGUACAAGAUGUAUUAAACGAAGCAUAGGACAUCUGUGCCAUGACGAAGUAAAAUCAACAAAAAGAGAGGGAAGUGUUGGUACAAGUGCCGGAACCCCUCCUAAUAAACGAAAAUCUUCUACAGGAGUAGACGAAGAAGCUACGUUUGGAUCAGUAUCUACAACACCAUCUGGUGCUCACACAGUAUUAAGUACAGGAUCGGGCUCUCAGCAUCUGUUACUGUCAUCCACGCAACUGGAGCUAAAUAACUCUUCCAAUAGGAAUAACAGCGCUGAUGUAAUAUCACUGGGUCAACAAUGGGGUGAGUCAAAUCCUUCAUCUGGUACAAAUUUAUUAAACCAAUCUAUGGCUUUUGGUCAUAACCCAGUAUUCUUUUCAGAACAGGCAGGUAGCGAAUUUUCUUCACUGAACGACUUUUUAUCAAUGAUAGAUGAUCCAUCUCUGAUUGACAAUAAUCUUCUUGGAACUAAUCAACAGCAAACUAGUCAAGGAUUCGGCGAUAUUAGUGGUGUUGGAAAUGUCGACGCUAGUAGGUCUAUUGGUAGUUCUAAUGGCAACAGUGGUAACAGCAGUGGAACUGCUUCUGCUAAUGGAAAUAAUCCAUCUGCUAAUGUUUCCGACUCUGCGCGUGACAAGUUCUUUCUCACAGCAGCAGAUCCCUCGGAGGAUAUUUCUCCAGAGGAGCGUCUCAAACAAGUGAUCCACGCAAAAGUGGAGGCAGGAUUACUGCAACCAUUCAAUUAUGCUAACGGCUAUACCCGACUACAAAAGUACAUGGAUAACUACAUGAAUUUCUCUUCCAAGCAAAGGAUUUUGAAGCCGCUGACGGUGUUCCGUCCUGCUUUCCGGGGAGUAGCACAGUCUUUGACCGACACUGAUCUCGUUCUCGUCGAAGAGGCGUUUGAACGAAUGCUACUAGAUUAUGAUAGAGUGUUUACGAGUAUGGCGAUUCCAGCAUGUUUAUGGCGUCGAACGGGUGAAAUUUAUAGGGGCAAUAAAGAGUUUGCUGGACUGGUUGGUGUAAAUGUCGAGGACCUGCGAGAUGGUAAGUUCGCUAUUUAUGAACUAAUGAGUGAAGAAUCCGCUGUAAGCUACUGGGAGAAGUACGGAAAUAUUGCAUUUGACUCUGGCCAAAAGGCAGUACUCACUAGUUGCAAUUUAAGGACUCGUGAUGGACGUAAACGUCGGGCAUGUUGCUUUAGUUUCACUGUACGUCGUGAUCGUUAUAAUAUCCCCAGUUGUAUCAUCGGCAACUUCAUUCCAAUUCAUCACUGA